AUUUUUGCCUUUUUGUUAAUAGGGGAAUUUUAAAUUGCAGGGUUUUCUCUAAUGGAAACUAUUUUCUCAGCCUCUCUACUGAUCGUGCACAGAAAUAGUGGGUAUAUACGUACUAGGAAUUACCAAGAUUGAAAGUAACAGGAUUUCAUUCAUGAUUCAGAUAACUAGACACGUUUGUGGCAAAAUUAAUAUGUAUGCAUUCUUUCUUCCGUAUAUAAUUAUACAAAACCGGUUAACUAACAUCGACGUUUGCAUCUGUUCUUCUCGCCACUAUUGAUUUAAUCGUGAAACAUCAGUCAGCAUGAAAAUCAUUGUGUUAGUUUUGUUACUGGUUUUCAUAAAACAAAUAAAAUCGGAGGCCGAUAACAACGAUACGUUAAAUUUAUGUCGUAACGCAACCGUUAACGUUGACUAUGAAAAUUAUACCGACGCGUCGAUUCAAAAUUGUGGCUGUGAGAACCAGGAAACUUGCAUAAGGAAGUGUUGCCAAAUAGGAUUUUUUUAUUAUCAAGACGAAGAUCCAGACGCUACAUCAUAUAAGAGUGUGUGCUCGAAACAUGAAUCGAAUGCAUUCAGUGUGCCUGUUUAUGAUGGUGAGCAAAAGGUCCGAGACGUAACCGAAAAUUUUCUUAUUGGAAUGUUGAAUUGCAGCGACACAAACGUGUUGUAUGUUAAAUUGAACAGUACCGAACCUAAUAGAAUUUUUUAUGUACAGAACAACGGAAGUCUGUACUAUCCAUAUUAUGAUUUGAUUCUCAGCAAUGAAAGGUAUUGUGUGGAUGAAUCAGAUGGAUUAGGUGCUUAUUUAUGUUUUGAACCAGAAGAAGAUAACAAACUGGAAACUAUAAUACACGUGACAGCUAAACUAAUAUCCGUACCAUUCCUUUUGGUUACUGGAUUGGUGUAUGCUCUUUUACCAGAGCGAAACCUUCAUAGGACGGCACUCAUGCUUCAUGUUUUCUCAUUAUUACUUGGAAAUGGUUUAUUGGCUAUUGGCCAAUACGUAGUUAUAGAAGAUGAUAAUUUGUGUUUUUGUUUGGGAUACUCUAUAUUACUAUUUAUGGUGGCGUCUUUCUUUUGGAUGAACGUCAUAUGCAUCGAUAUAUGGCUAGCUUUUAGUGGCCUUAGAGGUUUUUAUGUACAAGAAAAAAUAAAACGGAGAAUCUUCGCAGUUGCUUCUUGCUACGCAUGGGGACUGCCUAUUUUGAACGUACUAAUUGUUUUCCUUCUCAGUACAUAUGGUGAUGAAAAUGCGAAAUAUCAUCCGGGGAUUGGUGUAGAAUCAUGUUUUUUAAAAAAUGGACUAGCUACACAUCUCUUUUAUUUUGGACCAAUUCUCGUAAUCAUUGUGAUCAAUAUAGUACUGUUCAUACUGACCGCCCUGAAUAUACAGAAAGUUAAAAGGGAAACUAGAAUUGUUGAGACCAAAAAGCAUUCAAACAGAGAAGAUGACAAAUUCAAACUGUAUUGGAAGCUUCUUUUUGUGAUGGGCCUAAAUCCAGUGGUGAACACUCAUAUAAUUCAGUUAAUCUCAUGGUCACUUGGAAGGGAAUUCGAUCAUAAUGUCAUUGUGUACGUGUGGUACUAUAAAGAUUUCUCACAUGCUGCCUAUGGGAUACUUAUUUUUGUGAUUUUUGUUUGUCAGAAAAAGAUAUGGAUAUCAUUAAAGGAAAGGUUUCACUGGAUUUAUAAAUCUAAUAAAAAUGACAGUAAGGCGUCAGUAACGACUUCCACCGGCACAUCCAGCAGUGAAAACAAUCCGUCAGGAAUACGUUUAAGAGGAAUGCAAAAUAUGGCCGCGGAGGUCCCUUAAAAUUUUGCGUAUAGAUUGAUUUAAAAAUGAAUAGCACUUUCCCAUUAAAGAAUAUGUAUUGUUAGAAGGAUUGUACUCUGGGAAGAACAUAACGUUUUUAGAUAUUUUCUUGUUUUCUAUCAUUAAGUUUUUUAUGCACACACGCGAUAUUUGUCGAAAACCAAGCAUCGAUAUCGACAUCGAUAUCGAUAGUUACAACUAGCAGUAGUAACUAUUGCAGAUGCUGAUUCACAGACAUUUGUUGCCGUCUUCGAGCAUAUACUGCUAGAGGCAACCUUCAGUGCUGAGGAAGCGCGACUGGUGUGCGAAAGAGAAAUGACAAUAAAAAGAUAUGCUACCUCUCUCGCUCCGCGAGCUGAUUGGUCGGGGCUUAGGUACAGGACGGUCAUUGGCAUGGAGGGGAGCACGCACCGACCAAUCCAGCUCGCGGAGCGAGAGAGAUAGCAUGUCCUUUUAGUCUCCUUUCUCUCUCGCACACCAGUCGCGAUGAUGUGCUGCCUCUAGGAGUAUAUGCUCGAAGGUUGCCGUAGGUGUGGUGCUGGUUUUACAUUUUGAAUUUCUAAUGAACUUAAUGUUACAAUAAUCAAGAAGUUUUGCUCGACAGUUUUUGACGUAAAAAUAUAUCCACUUUCUUUCUUGUAGUACAUACAUAAUUUAUAACAUAUUUUCAAUUAAAAAAAUCUUAUAUUUGUAUAUUAAGUAAAGAUAUACAAAUAAAAAACAGUUGAUUAAAAAAGGUACGAUAUAAAUGUUGGUGAGUAGACAAUAACAUUCAUUAUGUCGUCAAACUUUUGUUUUUAUUUUGUUAAUAAAAAUACGACUUCA